AUGUUCGAGGAAAGAGCCAGACGAACGGCACGCCGCCCGGAGAGAUGUCAAGGGCCGAGCAUCCGGAGACAAAGACCAGCCAGCGAAGCGCCCCGGCUCGGCCCUGCGCCCCUAACCGCCCGAGGAGUUGCGAGCACCGCUGAAGUGCGCGCCCAGGUCCUCCGGGCUCCCCGCCCACCCGGCGCGACCGCCGCGGCCCGGGCCCACCCCCGAGCCGUUUUCCCUCCCAAUUUGGGAACCGCGCGCCUGGGGACAAAGGGGGAGGGCGCGCCGGGGGCAGCGGCGGACAGCCGGUCGCGACGCCCCCUCAGGGCUCGGCGGGAAGCCCUGGGUGGCGUCCUCUCCCUCCCCUCGCCCCCCGCCGCACUCUCCGCUGGGCCCCAGACCCCUCUCCAGCCUCCUCACAAGUUCUCCCGCCUCCCCUCGGGCCCCGCCCCUGGCCCGCUGCCUCUCAGCCGGCCCUACGGCCGCCCCUCACCGGCCGGCGGGGUCCCCCGGAGCCGCCUCCUCCGCCGGGCCUCGGCCCGUCCCGCCGGCCGCCGCCUCAUGUGCCCCGCGUCGCCAUCGCCUUCGCCGCCACCGUCGUCUCUCCUCCUCCACCUCUUUCGCCGCCGCCUUCGCCUCAGUCUCCGGCCGAGGCCGAAGCCGCUCCCGCCGCCGCCUCCCGCUCCCGCCGCCCGGAGCCACGGGGAGGCGCCUGCGCACUGCGCGCCGCGAUGGGGGCGGGGGCGUCCCGCCGCGGCCUGGGAGCGGGGGGGCGAGAGGCGAGCGGUGCUGGGAUGGGAGGGGGCGCCCAGAGCGCGCGGGCGGCCGCGCGAGUGUUCAACUUUCCGCGUCGGGUCUGCGCGCUCCCCAGCGGUCCCGGACGCGGCACGUGUAGGAGCGACCCACCAUCUAGAAAUCUAG